AUGGUCCAACUUAGUAGCGAUCCAACGUUCCACUACCAGAUUCUCCGUGCCCUGGGCCUGGCGAGCUAUGGCGGUGCCGAUAUAGGGGAAGUCCUCGCUACGGCUGACCAAAUCAAACCGGGAGACUUUGAGUCAUUCUACACAGCAUUUCGCGACCGUGCCGAACGGAUCGUUGCGCAGGUGCAACAGAUGAGCAAUGCGGUUUCGAUCCGCGACGCCCUCUUCCGUGCCUCGACCUACUUCCGCCUGGCCGAUCUCUACAUCCACGACAACUGGGACGAUCCUCGGAUUCUCAAUGUAUGGGAGAAGCAGACGGAAUGCUUUGAUCGGGCCAUGUCGCUCUUACCGAUCCCCGGCGAGCGGAAAAUGCUGGUAUCUCUAGCAGGCUUCGAGAUUCCCAUUAUCGUAUUUCCAGCUAGCUCAGACCCCGGGAAGAAGCGUCCGACGAUAAUAAUGUGCAGCGGCCUUGACGGGUCCAUGGAAGAGAUGUACCACGUCCACGGCAUUGCCGCGUUACAGAGAGGCUACAAUGUGGUCUGCUUCGAAGGGCCCGGUCAGGUGUUCACCCGCCGAUCACAGGGCCUCGGAUUUAUCUUGGAGUGGGAACAGGUCGUCAGCCCUGUGAUGGACUACCUCGAAACCUUGUCCUGUGUCGACAUGGCCAAGGUCGCCCUGCUUGGAUAUUCCUUGUGUGGUCUUCUCGGAGCUCGCGCUGCCGCUUUCGAGCACCGGCUUGCCGCCCUAUUCUGUGUCGACGGAAUGUACGAUAUGACGCGGACACCGAUCUUCCCCGUCGCUACUGCGGUGGUGAAGCAGAGACUUGCUGCCGCGGACUCGGCCGGUGUCUCAUCGAUCCAAGCCAUGAUGCAGGAUCCCCAUGUUCCGACGACCCUGCGCUGGGCGCUUUCGCACUGCAGGUGGGCUUUCAACGUCAAGUCGCCCGUCGAGCUUCUCGAGAAGCUCCGACGCUUUACCAUUUCCAAUGUGGUGGACAAGAUCCAGUGUCCCGUCCUGGUGUGCGAUGCCGUCGAAGAUCACUUUGCCAAAGGCCAGGCCGAAAUGGUUGCGGACGGGCUGGGUGAGAAAGCCACGCAUGUGGUCUUCACGAGAGACGAUGCUGCAGAACAGCACUGCCAUCUGGGCGCGGCUAGGUUUUGCAAUCAAGUCAUCUAUGAUUGGUUUGAGAAGACUCUCUUGAAGAAGUGA